GCUUGUUUGUUGCUUGACCUCUCCUUGGCCCUGUCCGACCGAAUUCCUCCUUUAUUUGACCCGGUUUGUUAUGAGGUAGUUUGAUGCGGAAACCUUUCACUCACUUCAUCCAGUGAAAGGCAUCUAGGCUUGGGCUGUAGUAUCUCCCGUGCUGUUUGCCUUAUCUCUGUAUGUCCGAGCCUCUUGACAUAUAUGGAUAAACCAGUCACCCUGCCGCCUGACAAUACAGUCCCAAAAUAAUCUGGAAGAGCACAGCUGAGCCUCGCGCGGCGCUGCACGCGCUCCUUCGACCAACCGCACCUCUUAGACGAAACGUCGCCUUAAAAAAAAAGCUUCUGCCAUUAGAUCAGACAUGACGAAAUUCACCUAUUCAGAGUAUCUGUCUCAGUUUCGUAAUGCCGGAGGUAAAUGUAAUAAUGUGACGCGCUGGACUGAAGACAGGAGGAGAGGAGGGGGCGAGAGCGACGUAACGUCAGAGCCGGAGUGAGUCUUUGUUGUGUUUGACACCGAGGCUGUAUGUGUCCCCGUCUGUGUAUGUGUACGUUGGGCUCCUUAUGUGAAAUCUACUGUAUAACUUAACAAUACGUGUAAAAUCCUUUUUCUUAUUUUCAUUUAUUUGACUCCCACCAAGUCAUACCACUCGGAACUUAGUAUUUAGGUAAAAUAAAGCCACCAAAAUAGUAUAAUCUCCUCUAGAAUUAAGGUCAAUUGUUGUAUCAAACAAAAGCCUAAAAACAGUGCUGGUGUCUGCCCUAAAAUUACACCUAAACACAUCUGUAAGUGUUUUGCUUUUCUGCUUUUUAGGGAUGCUGACCCGGUGGUCUCUGCCAUCAGAAGAGGAGAUGUAAAGGCCGUAAAUGAUCUCGCAACAUCUGCUCCUCACAGCCUGCUGAGGGAGAACAAAGAUGGGUGGAUACCUCUGCAUGAUGCUGCUUUCUGUGGACAGACGGAGUGCAUGAAGACUCUACUGAGAGGUUGGACAAUGGAAGCAUCAUUUGUGAAUAUUUCCAAACAAUCGCUAAGAUGUGUGAUAUGAAUAAAUGUCUUGUCUGUCCCAGCCCAUCCAGGUUCAGUGGACAAACGUACCUUGCAGGAGCAGACUGCAUUGCUGCUUGCUGUGUCUUGUGAACACUUGUCAUGUGUGCGGGGUCUUCUGGAGGCCGGCGCUGAUCCAGACAUCAGCAGCAAGAACAAAGAAACCCCUUUGUACAAAGGUAAGGCCACAACCUCAAUGGCCUGAAAAUAGCUUGUGAGAGAGCAGGGAAUUGUGUGUGUCAGAAAUGACUUAGUAUCUCAUCUGUGUCGAUAGCAUGUGAGCUGGAGAACGUGGACAUGGUGAGCCUCCUUCUGUCAUAUGGAGCCACAGUGAACCAGCGCUGUGGUCAAGGAUGGACAGCCCUUCAUGAAGCUGUGUCCAGGAGUAACACAGAGAUCAGUGAGAUCCUCAUAAGAGCCGGGGGAACCAUCAAUCCUUCCAACACCUACAGCAUAACACCUCUUAUUGUAGCUGCUCAACGAGGACAGCUUAAGGCUCUGUGUUACCUUGUCGGGAAAGGUACUUUUUUGCACAGAAAACAUUCUAACUUUUUGUAUUUUGACCUUUGUUUCAACUGUUUUGAUUUGAGAAAUGUUUUAUUUUAGGUGCAGAUGUGAACAUACAGACAUGUGAUGGUGUCACAGCGCUGCAUGAGGCGAGUAAAAACGGCCACAAGGAAAUUGUGGGAGUGCUGUUGACCAAAAAUGCAGAUGCCAACAAACCAACAAGCUCAGGACUACUGCCGCUGCAUGUUGCUGCCCAAUACGGUCAUCAUGAGUAAGUUUCCAUACAAUAAACUGAAGUGAGGUAUAGAGUAUUAAAGGGAGGAGAAUAUAUUCUGCUUUGUGGAAGUUUUCACCUUCUCUCAACAUUCCUGUGAAUAUUUCUUUGUGUUUAAAAAUAACAACCUUAUUUUUUUCCUGGAAAAAAAAAAACAAGUCCAACGGAUACCUGACAUUGGACUGAUUUUGUUUUUCAAUGGUGGAAGAAAUGCCCAAAUUUUUACUGUAAUCCCAGAUUGUAACUCCAAUAAUGCAUUAAAACAUCCAGGGGAAAGCACUGUAACAUUCACACUCCUAAGUGAAUCUUAUAGUUUCAAAAGUCUACUGUGAUUGUAAAGAGAAUUAAAAGCAGCUACAGACACUGCUUUGAAUUUUCUGUAAUGAUCUUUUUUGUGUUCAGGAUUGUGUCCCUGCUGGUCUCAGUGACAAGCAGAGCCAUGCUUCGUCACAGCUGUGUGAGCCCGCUCCACCUGGCAGCAGAGCACGACAGACACGCAGUGGCAGCUGUGCUCCUCAAGACAGGUGCAGACGUAAACGCCACUCUGGCCCGCAGUCACUUCAUCCAGUAUGCUGACCGACGCACCACAGCCCUCUACUUUGCCGUGGCCCAUGGCAGCACACAGACAGCAGAGGUGCUGCUGAAAGCCGGUGCUAGUUUAAACCUGGAUCCUGUCAGUCCUCUGCUGAUGGCUGUACGGCGGGGCUGUGUCCAUACUGUGUCCCUACUGCUGGACAGAGGGGCAGAUUUGGAUGCCAAAAUACCCUCUCACGCUGCUACAUUUCCUGCUGUUGUUGCACUGUGCAUGAAUAAUUUGCCACUGCUCAAGUGCCUUUUGGAUAAUGGCUGUGAUGCCCUCUCCUGUUUUAAGUGUACAUACGGUAGUGCCCCUCACCCAGCAUCAGGAGUAAGGACUGUUGGCAGCAGCAUACAUGAUCAUUUGCUUCCUUUAAACUGCAGUGAGCCACCAGAAAGAGCAACACAGGUGUGAAAAUAAGUUUAAAAAAAAGAGACAGUCCAGUUAAAAUCACAAUAACUUUAAAGCAAACACAUUUUAACUUGUGUGUUUUGUUUUUCUUGCAGUUCUGUGAGUGGAUUUCAACACCGGUAAUGUGCACAUCAGCAGGACUGAUCAUAGACCGUCUGCUGGAGCACGUCGCUCAUGUUCAGCUGUGCAGCAAACUCAAUGAACUGCUGGACAGCCGGGAAGAAUGGCUCGCUGUUAAGAGGAAGUCAUGUAUGCAUUUCAACAAUCAUUUACAUCCAAACAUGCAAAUGCGUCUGUUUCACUUCCUCACACGUGCGUACGACACAGAUGUAAUCUCAAAGCAUGAAAGUGAACUUUUUCUUUAUCUUUUUGUCCACAGCGUCUGCUCGUCCACUGCUGCACCUCUGCAGACUGAGGAUUCGGAGUCAAAUAGGGAGACACAGACUGAAAUCUCUCAGAAGCUUACCUCUGCCAGACAGACUCAUCAGAUACUUGAGCCACACUGACUGACUCUUAGAUGAACUUAAAACAACAUUGGCAUCAAAGAUGGGACUAAAUAUAUCAUGUUUUGUUUCUUUUUUUAAAUGCAUCUGAUAUCAAGAAUCUUUAAAUGGUUUUCUCAAAGCAGCUCUUUAUAUCUAUUUAUAACCUGUGUCUGUGACAGGGAGUGUCUUUAGAGUGUCAAUCAGAAUGUAUCGUAAUUUUUCACUGGGAAAGAAAAUGAUCAAAUGCCCCAAAAGGAGUCUCGAGGGAAAUUGAAUCAUUUAUUUAAAAAUAAAAGUAAUUGUUUCAAA